CGUUAAUAGGUGCCGCUGGAUCAGAGAGGUGACGUGUUUGUGUUUUCUAUGUGGGUUUGUUGUUAGCAGAAAAUUUGUCACUUUUGAACAGGAGAUGGAGAAUUUUUCUGCAGCGCACGGAGAUUCUGCCCAGCAACAGGAGAGACACUAUUAUCUGCUGUCAGAGCUGCAGACCUUAGUCAAAGAUUUACCCAGCUCCUUCCAGCAGCGUCUGUCAUACAGCACGCUCAGCGACCUGGCCCUGGCACUCAUAGACGGGACGGUCUACGAAAUCGUGCAGGGCCUCCUGGAUAUUCAGCACCUGACGGAAAAGAAUCUGUACAACCAGAGACAAAAGCUGCACUGUGAGCAUCAAGCGCUCAAACAGGAUCUGGCACGGAGGCACAAAGACUCUCUGCAGUCCUGCAAGUCUCACAACCUUUCCCUCCUCAAGUCCAAUCAACAAGCUGAAUUAGAGGCUCUCGAAGUCCGCGUGCGAGAGGAGCAAAGAAUGAUGGACAAAAAGAUUGUGGCAGAAAUGGAUCAGAAAGUUAUAGACCAGCAGAACACUCUGGAGAAGGCUGGGGUUCCUGGUUUCUACAUCACCACCAAUCCACAGGAGUUGAUGAUGCAAAUGAAUCUACUGGAACUGAUUCUCAAGCUUCAACAGAAGGAGUCCCAGUCUGGAAUCCAGUGAGGAACGGUGCAAUGGGAAGGAAAACCAGCGGCAGCAGGCAGUUCCGCUUACAGCGUGAGAUUCUGUAGC